UGCCUAUUUGAAUAAUUUUACCUUAAAUGGCAGAAGAGCUUCGAAAUGGACCCGGGAAUUGCCUUUCGAAGUUCACGUGAAAUAAAGAAAGAACGAGAAGAAAAGAGGACUGCUAGAGAAAAAGUGUUGAAUCAAGCUAAAACUCAAUAUGAACGUGAGGAAAGAAAGAGAGAACAAGCCAAAGCUCGAGGGGAAGAUACUUGGAUGUUGCCAUCCUUAGAAAAGCGCAUUGAGAAAGACAAAGAGCAUUAUGAAAAAUCAAAGAAACACAAAAAAGAAAAGAAGAAAAAGAAAAAAAGUAAGAAAAAGAAGAAGAAAGCAGAAAAGGAUGAUUCCUCUUCUUCAAGUGAGGAAGAAUCAGACGAGGCAGCAAUGUGGAUUGAGAAAUCUGCAGCACCUGUUACAGUGGAUGACAAAGGACAAGACAGCAAGCCUGUAGUUAAAGGACCACAAUUACAGAGAGACAGUUGGAUGGAAGCUCCACUAGACUUGAUUCCAACCAUCACUCGUAAAGAGAUUAGAGAUGCCCAGAAAGCAGAAAAUCAAGAGGAUGAGAAGAAGGUUAUGGUAGAUCAAUUAGGACAGCAUGAGAGGGAGUUGAAUCCUUACUGGAAGGAAGGCGGUACUGGUUUACCGGAGGAGAAUGUGACACAGAAGAAGGCCAGUGCCCCUCAUGCUGUGGGAGAUGGGGGAUUCUCUUGGAUGAAGAAGGCAUACGGCAGGUGUGUAGAACAGGCCAAGGAGGAAAACAGGACUUUGGAGGAUGUGGCCAUUGAGAAAUAUGGGUCACUACAAAAAUUGGAAUCAAUGUUAAAGUCAGCAGAAAAGGCUUACAAAGAAAUCACCAGGGGAAAGGAAAAGGAAGGUUACCGGAGAGAUGUAGACAGUAGGAGAGAGAGGUUCAUGAAACCGGGAGAAAGUGACAGAGGAAGACGAGGGGGGUUUAUGAGGCCCUCUGAUGAUAAUGAUAGUGGUUAUAAUAGACAGAGAUAUUCUGAAUCAGGUGGUAAUGAUUUAAGGUCAAAGAGUUGGAGGAGGGAAAGGUCAAGGUCAAGAGAAAGAAGGAGGUCCAGAUCCAGAGAAAGAGGGAGAUCAAGAGAAAGGGAUAGGUCAAGGUCAGGAUCAAGGGAGAAAAGGUCAAGGUCAAAGGAGAGGAUUUCAUUUAGAUCAAGAGAUAGUGAAAAGGGUUUUUCAGACAGAUUAAAAAACCGCUUCAUGAGACCAGGGGAAGGCAACUCAUAUGCAAGUGAUAAUAGGGAGAGAGUGAGAUCUGCUGCACCUGCAUGGAAGAAAAAAGAAUUCCAUAAGCCAGAAUCUCCUGAAAGAGAAGAAAGGGACAUGAAAAGGUCUUCAAAAGAAUCAAAGAAGAGAGGGUAUUCAGAGUCAUCAUCUUCAACAGAUUCAAGUUCUGAAGAGGAUAGUGAGUCUGAUAAAGAAAAAGAAAAUGUUGCUGAGGCAGGGGGGAGUGGUGGUGGUGAGAGGACAAAAGAGGAGAGUGAAGAGGAAGAGGUGGUCCUCCUCUCAGAGAAGGAGAUGAAUCAACUCGGGGCCAAAAUAGUCAGGGCAGAGAUCAUGGGAAAUACUGAACUUGCGACAAAAUUGAAAGAACAACUCGAGAAAGCUCGAGAAAAUAAUGAAAAAUACAAAGAGGCAAGGCCACCCGGUGGAGAGAACAAAAAAGAAGAAAAUGUGGUGGUGCUGGCAAGAACAGGUGCCUCGGGGAUAGCCCGCCCUGUGGCUGACCGGGAGCAUGAAGCACAGAGAGGCAAACGACGGAGGAAGAAGGAAAAGGUUACCACACAUGGAAAAUCAGGAGAGAGGGAGAGAUAUUUUGCAGACGAUGACAGAUUUGAUCUCAAACAAAUGGUUGAAAGAGAAAAGAUGGGAACGGCAGAAGACCAGAAUUCCAUGUUUUCAAGGCUCGCAGGCAGGAGUGUCGAUAAAACAAAUGAUGAUUUCGACUUAGAUGACAUGUUUGUGAGCAGAGCAAAUGCAAAAGAAUCCGGUGCCAAAAUGGAGGAAAAAGAGCGAGCUAUGGCCAUUCGAGAGCACAAAAACGUCUCCGAUUGCCAGAUGUGUUUUGAUAAAACUCCCAAGCAUCUCAUCAUCUGCAUAGGAACUAAGGUCUAUCUGUCCCUCCCUAACAGUAAGUCUCUGUGUGAGGGCCAUUGUUUGAUCGUCCCCAUGCAGCAUGCUGUGUCUGGAACCGUGGUAGAUGAGGAUGUCUGGAACGAGAUCCAGGUAUUCCGUAAAACACUGACCCAGAUGUUUCUGGCCAUGGACCAAGAUGUGGUGUUCAUGGAAACGUGUAUGGGACUACGGUAUCAUCCACACAUGUACAUCGAAUGUGUCCCCAUGGAAAGGGAGACAGGCGAUCUGGCUCCUAUUUAUUUCAAGAAAGCCAUUCAGGAGUCUGAGUCUGAGUGGUCUGACAACAAGAAACUAGUAGACCUCAGCAAAAAAGAUGUCCGCAGAUCAAUCCCUAAAGGCUUUCCUUAUUUUGCUGUGGAUUUUGGAAUGCAGGGUGGAUAUGCUCAUGUUAUUGAGGAUGAAAAGCAAUUCCCCAAGUAUUUUGGCAAGGAGGUAGUGGGUGGCAUGAUUGACGCUGAACCCCGCCUCUGGAGGCGUCCUCAGAAAGAGGGCUUUGAGGACCAGAGGAAGAAGGUCCUCCAGUUUGCAGACUGGUGGAAGCCUUACGAUUGGACCCAGAGCUAAGACAAUUUCUCUGUCCGGCUGGUUUUAUACGGUGCAAUCUACUUACUGAUCCAUUUAGUGAGUGGAUUCUUGUCCCAAAUACUGUGAAGCCGUAAUGUUUAAGGUCAUAGGAAGUUGUGUGUCAGGUAUGAUAUACAUAGAUGUUACGUGUAUAUCAGUGGGCACAAAAGUGUUACAUUGUGGAGAUCCAUGAGUACUGUAUCUAAAUACAGCAAGCGGAAGCAUUGCAUCUAACAAACAUGAACUGGUUUGUUCAAAGCAACUGUUUUUUUUCCACCUGUCUCAACUUUAACAACAAUGAACUUAACAGUAAAAUUUAUUGCUAAAUGUGUCGGGUAUUAUAUACAUAUAUAUUACAUGUAUAGCAAUUGGCACAAAAGUGUUAGAUUGUGGAGAUCCAGGAGUACUGUAUUACAUACUGUAUCUACGGUAAAUACAGCAAGGAGACGCAUUGAAUCAAACGAACAUGAACUGGUUCAUCCAAAGCGACUGUUUUUUCCACCUGUUUCAUCUUCAACAACAAUGAACUUAACAGUAAAAUUUAUUGCUAAUUGUUGACUGUUUUUUCCCAUGCUCAGAGAUAAUAAUCUAUUGUGACCAAUAGAAAGAAAUAGGAUCCUCAAGAAAUAGGAUCCUCAUCUUACACUAUUUUUUGUACAAAACAUGUUUUAACCAUAAAAAUUGAGCAAAUA